GGCCAAGAAGCGCAAAUGGCUUAUUGAAGAGAAUAAGAUGGGAAGACUUCGACUUAAGGCAGAAGGGGCGAAAUCGACUCUACAUAUGGCUAUGACGAAUCUGGGGAAUCAACAAUUGGCCAUCAACAAUAGGCUCAUCACAGACAAUAUGGCUCUGGUGAACUUAAGACCCAACACGGAACUUUUGCGCCGGUUCGAGUUAUUCAUGCUUUCCGAAUCGCAAUCGCCCCCACCGAGCAGGGCUUCGAGAGUUGAAGAAUUGCCGGAGUCAUCGUCGGAAUCGGGAGACAACAACAUGGACAUAACGGCUAGGCACAAACAUGAGUCGAACUUUCUGUCUUCGAUAAGCGGAGACAAACAGCGAGGGAGCACUGGAGAAACGCCACUACCAGGACAGAAGAGACAGGAGGCGACAUCAACUUCCAUCUCACACACGAGUCGUCACACUACCUACGAACAAGAACGGAACUUCUUGCAAUUUCAGAACAUUCUGCCCAUAGGAAAAAGCAAGUGCUCACCAGAUUUCCGAUGCCGAUGCCACUUUAGCCAAGGGCGUUUCCAAUCCCCACGUUGGUUUCAACCUUUGUUAGGAUCCUGGCUUGUCAGCUACAAUUCCGUCAGCAACUUCGGGAGAAGAAUUUGCAAUUGGAGAGAAUGCAAUUCAGGAGACGAUUCAUACAUAAGAGUGGAGUACCGGCUCCCCAAACGGAUCAUGGCCGGAUUGCUGUAUAUUCAAGCCUCAUACGGCAGCACAACAAGCCUUGAUCUAUCGCUCAGACCAUCUAGGGUGUUGGUGUAUCAUGAUGUUUGGGAGGAAAUCCGCAAGGGAGGAACAUUCGAAAAAUUUUCUCAGCAAGGAGUUAGAUUCUUCCCAGAUGACCAAGGGGAGGACAACCGUGGAUUACUAGAGUAUGCCAUUAUCAAUGGAGCAUAUGACUCUGUUGAAUACUUACUCUUUAUGUGGAAGGACUUGUUACCGAAGCAAGGCUUACCGAGUACAGUAGCAGUGGCGGCGAAUGUAAGAAAGCACGAUAACCUAAGCGACAGAGAGGUCCACCUGCUCCAACAAGCACGGUCAUGGGCCAAUGAUGGAUUUGACCUAAGAUCAACCAAAGUUCACCGAGCAGUGAGGCUCGAGGACGGUCUCCCACGGGCUCUUGAGGAGGAACCGUGGGCAAUUGGCCAGUACAACGAGCAGGGCACCACCCCUCUCCACAUGGUAGUGCAGCAAAACUGGGUGCGGGGCCUGGAGCAAUUGAUUGCGGCAAAAUCUGACAUCAACGAGAAAGAUUGGCGAGGACGGACAGCACUUAUGCUGGCCGCCGUGCAUGGCCACAUCUUAUGCAUGGAGGUAUUGCUCAGGGCCAACUGUCGUGUGGACCAGCAAGACGACAGUGGUAUGACAGCACUGCACCAUGCAACAUUGGGGGGUUCCGCCCCAGCGGUGGCCUUGUUGCUAGUAGCCGGAGCAUCCCCGACGAAGCGCGAGAAAUGGGGCCAAACACCCUUACACUACAUGGCAUACAUGGUAGACCAAAAGGCGGCAGAUGAGAUUUUGCGUCUGCUGUUGGUCAAGGGUGACGACCUCGACGUAGCAGACGCGUUCGGACAUACACCAGCAAUGGUUGUACUAAUUCUUGGCAAUGUGCCACCCUUGCGGAGCCUCAUCGACGCCGGCGCGUCAUUGCAUUUUGUCGACGGAUACUCGCAGAACCUGUUACACUAUGUAGCUCGUUGGUGUACAGUCGAUGCCAUGCACUACCUGGAUUCCCUGGAGCUUGGGGGAAUAAAUACCGACAUGCGUAACUCUAUCGGACAUACGCCGUGGGAUGAUGCUUGUUACUACAGAGACGACGCGGGAAAUUUCGAAGGUGCACGGCAAAUCAGCCCUGAACACGAAGAUGCCUUCCUUGUUUUGUACAACAACAUGUUGUGCCGAAACUUACAGGACGAAAUUAAUACACUAGAGAGGCUUCUCCGAGCUGCAGCUGAACAUGACAUGGCCACCUCAAGCAUGAAUCUUAAUACUCUCAUCAAGCAAAAGGAAGAUUGGAAGGAGCCAGAUUUGGCAGCUUGGAAUCGGGGGAUCAACAGUUUGAUUCGUGGAGGGCGCUGGGAAUCCGCCGCAUCAGCCUUGGAGGAUACCCUAGAGGAGUUGAAAACGAAAAAGCUAAGCUUGCCUCGGAAAUUCGACGACCCAGAGACGUCUUCUGACGAGGAGAGCGUGGGAACGGAAGAGGCGGAAAGUGAAUGCAACUCGGAACCACCAGUCACUACACAAACUUCGUGGCCGUGAUGUUGCUGAGUUUGUGAGAGAUUCAACACGAUGCUCAAGAAAAUAUUGCUUAGAUAAUGACAUAAACAUUUCCUGCU